UUCCAUCAUCAUUCUUUCGUUGUUCAGAUAAGCACUAAUUCUCUGUUCAUUUCCUUCCAUUGAAGAAUAGUAGAAAAAUGUUGGCUGUAUUCAAGAAUGGCGUGGUGAGCCCACCAAACGAGCUCCAUAGCCCAGUUUCAUCCCAAGGUCCCGGAACCAAAACUCCAGAAGAAACCCUCAAGGCCUUCCUAGCUUCAAAUCCCUCCAAUGGCUUCUCUCUCGGAUUCCCAAACAAAGCCCUUUUAGCCUACGCUUCAAAUCAAAGGCUGUUUUGCAGUGUGAAUGACGUGUACUGCAUUUUCUUGGGGAGUUUGAACAACCUAUGUGGUCUGAACAAGCAGUAUGGACUGUCGAAGGGUGCCAAUGAGGCCAUGUUUGUUAUUGAAGCUUAUUGCACUCUCAGAGACAGGGGCCCUUUCCCUGCCCAUCAAGUUCUUAAAGAGCUAGAGGGUAGUUUUGGAUUCGUGCUCUACGACAACAAGGCUGGUGCUGUCUUUGCUGCUGUUGGUGCGGACAGUGCAGUGAGCCUCCACUGGGGCGUAGCAUCGGACGGCUCUGUUUUGAUCUCAGAUGAUGUGGAUAUUGUCAAAGCCAGCUGUGGGAAAUCCUUUGCUCCUUUCCCUGCAGGGUGUAUGUACCAUAGUGAGGGAGGAUUAAUGAGCUUUGAGCAUCCAAUGAACAAAAUGAAAGCCAUGCCGAGAGUGGACAGUGAGGGUGCAAUGUGUGGCGCUUUCUUCGCCGUCGAUGCGUAUAAUAAGGUUACCUCCAUGCCACGUGUCGGAAGCGAGGCGAACUGGUCCACCUGGGGUUGAUGUACAGGAUCGAUCCCUCCCUUCGCUAACCUCACCGCCUGUGACUAAUCCAUGACGUCUGUGACUUUGUGUUGUCUGUUAUUGUUUUACCGUUCAGUUGUUUCUGAUUGGGCUGUCGUCGUGACUCCCUCACGGUAUAUGGUAGUGUGCUGUAGCCAGGAGGCUUUUUACUUUGUAAUUUGAAUGAAUAUUUGUUUAAUGAAAGCUUAGCUUAAAAAAAUAAACAAUCAAUACAAUUUUUUUAAAUACAUAGAUUUAUA